CUUGGACAAUGUUGCCGAACACCCAAGGGUAGGUAUGUAAUUUUGAACCAUACUGUGAGAGAGAAACGUAACGAUGUAUGGUUUGGUGGUCAGCAGAUCCUUUUAAUAGUUAAUAUCGCCAACCUGCGGACUUACUCACCAAAAGGAGAGAACAACCGAUUCCCAAUUGUCACUACUCACUUGCAUAUCUCGUGUCAAAGAAAAAAUAUUUCUUUAUAUUCCCAUUAACUCUCUCUCCCUUUUUCUCGCUAUUGGUGUUGAUUAGUGGCGGAGAUACAGAGAGAUGGCUUGCUCGAGUUUGAUUAAACUUAACGCCGCCUCCUCAUCGUGGAUCGCCGGCCAGAAUCCCGUCAAUUCGGGCCCUCGAUCGGCGCCGCGUCUCAACAAGCGCCGCGUCACUGCCAUCCGUGCCGGAUCUUACACCGACGAGCUCGUUAAAACGGCUAAAUCUAUUGCAUCUCCAGGUCAUGGAAUCCUUGCAAUAGACGAAUCAAAUGCGACGUGCGGAAAGAGGUUGGCUUCCAUUGGACUUGACAACACCGAAACCAACAGGCAAGCUUAUAGGCAGCUUUUGCUUACAACUCCUGGCUUAGGUGAUUAUAUCUCUGGCGCCAUUCUCUUUGAGGAGACACUUUACCAGUCAACCACAGACGGGAAGAAGUUUGUGGACUGUUUGCGUGAUGAGAACAUUGUGCCCGGUAUCAAAGUUGAUAAGGGUUUGGUCCCACUACCAGGGUCGAACAACGAAUCUUGGUGCCAGGGAUUAGAUGGGUUGGCAUCUAGGUCUGCUGAAUACUAUAAGCAAGGGGCUCGUUUUGCCAAAUGGAGAACUGUUGUAAGCAUACCUUGUGGUCCUUCUGCUCUAGCUGUUAAAGAAGCAGCUUGGGGACUUGCUCGUUAUGCCGCAAUUUCUCAGGACAAUGGCCUUGUGCCGAUUGUGGAACCUGAGAUUCUUCUUGAUGGAGACCACCCAAUUGAGAGGACACUUGAAGUGGCUGAAAAAGUGUGGGCUGAGGUUUUCUACUACCUGGCAGAGAAUAAUGUUACCUUUGAAGGGAUUUUGCUCAAACCAAGCAUGGUAACUCCGGGGGCUGAGCACAAAGAGAAGGCUUCUCCAGAUACCAUUGCUAAAUUUACACUCACCAUGCUUAGAAGAAGAGUGCCACCUGCAGUGCCAGGAAUCAUGUUCUUGUCUGGGGGACAAUCUGAAGCCGAGGCAACACUAAACCUCAACGCAAUGAACCAAAGCCCCAACCCAUGGCACGUCUCAUUCUCCUAUGCAAGAGCACUCCAGAACACUGUGCUCAAGACAUGGCAAGGCCGCCCAGAAAAUGUCGAAGCUGCUCAGAGAGCACUUUUGGUGCGCGCAAAGGCAAACUCGUUGGCACAGCUGGGAAAGUACUCGGCCGAGGGCGAAAGUGAAGAGGCUAAGAAGGGAAUGUUUGUCAAGGGAUAUACUUAUUAAGUGAAGUUGUCUUCUGGUUUGGAGUUUGGAGUGUUACUUCUACUGAAAGGACCCCACCUUUGGUUGUUUCACUUAACUCUACUUGUUUUAGUUUAAGUUUUUUUGGUGUUUUUUGAACUGGGGCAAUAAAUAAGUUAUGACGAAAGGAAAGAGAACUAGUUAUCCAGAUUUUGGUGUGUAUGAAGUGUCAAAUGUACUAAGUUUGAAGUUUGUGUUUAUUUAGUGACACUUGUGACUUUGGUAUCUAGUUAAGUGUGUAACUUCGUUUUUGUAUCGUAUCUGCUUUUUUUGACGUCGAUUUUGCCUCCGUUUUUGUGUAAUAUCAACGUAUAUAUAAUUCUCGAAUUUCAUAAGUUUAAGU